AUUUCGAAAAGCAUUGUCCCUACCCCCUACCCUCCUUACUUACUUACCGUUUCCAACGGCCACUUGUUUGGCUCACUCAGUGACUCACUCAUUAGUCCAAGAACACACUCCAAUCCCUUUCUCUUUUCUUGAUCCCUAAACUAAGAUAUGGCAGCACUCGCUCCGGGAAUCCUUAUGAAGCUCCUCAACGCUCUCAACACCGGCGUCAAGCCCACCAGCGAGCACCGCAGCUCCCUCCUCCAGGUCACCGACAUCGUCCCCGCCGACCUCGACGAGAAGAAUUUGAUCCCCAAGCAAGGCUUCUUCAUCAAGGUCUCCGAUUCCUCCCACUCCAUCUACGCCUCUCUCCCCUCCGACCAAGACGACGUCGUUCUCAGCAACAAGAUGCAGCUCGGCCAGUUCAUCUACGUCGACCGCCUCGACCCCGGCUCUCCGCUCCCCGUCCUCCGCGGCGCCAAGCCCCUCCCCGGGAGGCACCCCCUCGUCGGCACGCCCGAGCCCUUAAUGGGCCUCAGGCCCAAUUCCGCUCCCCGCAGAGGCUCUUGGGGCACCAAUGAUGGCCUUUCGUCUCCCAUGGUUUUCAAGCCGCUUAAUUUGGACUUUGACCAGUGUACCCCUGUGAAAGCGAAGAACGGAGGGUUUCAAUCGCCGUUGCUCCGAGGGAAGGUUGUUGGGACUCCGUUUUCUGGUGUCAGGUGUUCUGUUGGUGGUGCCAGAAUGACUGAUGCUAAAGGAGAGAGCCCUGCGUUGCUUCGGAAAAGCUGUGUGGUGACCAAUAGUUCUAAUGGCAAGUUUUCUCGGAGCAGGAGUGUUUCUGAACGGGAACAUAGAGUCCCUUCUACUCCCUUCAAGUCAGCUGAAAAGAAGAAUGUCACUCCACCACCGCGGUUGAGAAAUGCAAGAGUGGUAGCCUCUUCUGGGGAUGCAAAUGGUCACAAUCAAAACAUGGACAUGAAUGCCACUUCUCAACCUCAAUCUCAGUCUACUAAUAAUUCAGCUUUUGAUAAUUGCAACAAUCUUAGCCUCCCCGUGAAUUUACCAGGAAAGCUGAGCUCGCUGGGGAAGGAAGCCGUGCAGCAAAGAGAAGUGGCUCAGAAAAUUGCCCUUCAAGCUUUAAGAGAUGCUUCAGCUACUGAGACAGUCGUUCGGUCCCUCAAGAUGUUCUCAAAUUUAUGCAAGUCAGCUCGACCUGAUGCUCCUGCGACUUGUUUUGAACGGUUUUUGGAAUUCCAUAACGACAUUGUGCAAGCAGUUAAUGAAAUGGUGUCCAUUCAAGGUGCUACUUCAGCUUCAGAAUUGGCUCAGAAAUCAGAUAAACAAGAACCACAGGUUUUGCAUGAGGCUAUGGACAAUUGCAUGGACCAAUCUGGGAACACUGAAUCAAACUUGUCCAAAAGAAGGGGUGCUUUAUACAAGUCAAUGGCUUCCAUUCCUGAAAAGCAUGAACACAAAGCAAACAUGGGGAGGCUGCUAAGAUCCAGUGCAAACCAAAAGGAGAUUUUUGAGAAGAAAGGUUCUACCCCGCUUACAAAAAUGCCUCUAGAACCUAUUGUUGAAAAUGAUGAGAAUAAGAAACCAGGAGGAUCGUGCAGCUUAAGCAAUACAAUCAAACUGGGAAGGCAGGUUGAAACAGAAGCUGGGAAUUGGUUUAUGGAAUUCAUUGAGAAGGCCUUGGAAACUGGUUUGAAGAAAACAAAGGAUGCAUCAGAUGGGGAUGUGAGGAAAGUUCCUCAGUCUCUCUUACUGAAAGUUAUGAAUUGGGUGGAGGUAGAACAGUGCCGUAGUAACAAACGGCCUAGUCAUCCUAAAGCAGCACAAAUUGCUCGAAAGUUGAGAAUAAAGGUGAAAAAUCCUUGAUAAUUUGUUCAAAUGGUGAAAAAUAAAUGGUUCAAGAAUCGAGAUGCGUGCACUGUGUUUGGAAUAGCCGUUGUCAGAAAUCAAUUAUAUUGUUACUGGCCCACUUAAUUCGAUGAUUGUUUGUAAUAUUCUUUAUUAUUUUUAUUAUUAUAUACAUAUAUAGAUAUUGCUUGGUUA